AUGUCCCUUCCAAGUACAGAUAUGUCCUACGGUCAGUCCCAAGCCACUCUAAUGAUCUCAGCUCACAAAAUGCCUAAAGUACGCCUCGGAUCGUCAGGAUUGAAGGUGUCGAAGAUAAUCCUUGGUUGUACAGUAUAUGGGAGUUCCGAUUGGUACAGCUGGGUGCAAGAUGAAGAAGAGAGCAUCAGGCAGAUUAAGGCCGCUUACGAUAUCGGAAUCAACACCUUUGAUACUGCCAAUAUUUACUCUAACGGACAAUCCGAAGUUGUCUUAGGCAAAGCCAUUAAGCAGCACAAUAUGCUGCGGGAGAAGAUAGUUGUGAUGACAAAGGUUUUCCAUCCGGUGACACGAUCCAUGAACGAGCGAAUCCCUGGUCAGGCAUCAGCGCUGGCCGAUUCCAACGGAUAUGUGAACCAAUAUGGACUCAGCCGCAAGCACAUAUUUGAUUCGGUCAAGAAGAGCCUGGAUCGUUUGCAACUGGAUUAUAUCGACGUUCUUCAUUGCCAUGAGUUCGACUCCCAGACCCCGAUCCAUGAAACGAUGCAAGCCCUUCAUGACGUAGUAAACGCUGGUUAUGUCCGAUAUAUCGGAAUAUCGACUUGCCGCGCCUGGCAAUUCCAUAUCAUGCAAAAUUACGCACUCGUCCAUCACCUGACACCAUUCAUCGCGGUUGAAACUGACUACAAUAUUCUCUAUCGCGAGGACGAAAAUGAAUUGUUCCCCACUCUGAAGCAUUUCGGCGUCUCUUCCGUACCUUGGUCCACGCUUGCUCGUGGUACUUUGGCCCAACCUCUUUAUUUUAAUGACAGAACUACCGAAAACCACGCAGGGUGGCAUAAUAAGAUUAUCUCGAGGGUGGAAGAAAUUGCUAUCCGAAGAAACAUCACCAUGACGCAAGUCGCCGUCGCAUGGUCCCUUAGUCGAGAAAGUGUUUGUGCCCUAGUCAUUAAUGCAUCGUCCACCAACAAACUCUUGGACGCUGUUGACGGUUUGAACGUGGUGCUUACGGCCGACGAAGUACAGUAUCUCGAAGAACCAUAUCGUCCUCAGAAGCUUCAUUAUUGA